AUGUUUACACAACCAGUCUCAUCGCCACCGACCGUGGGCCCCGUGCCAACAUCUGUCACCAAUCCCGCCUCGCCCUCUACGAGAUCCAGUCGUUUGCGAGGCCUCAGUUAUCUCCGCAGCUACACCCAGAACCACAUUUUGUCCCGCGAACACAGCAGCAGUCAAGGCUCUAACUCACCAACCUCCAACUCGCACUCCCACUCCCACUCCCACCUGCAUCACAACACCGGCGCCAAUUCGCACCCUCAGACCCAAACUCAAACUCAAAACCAAAACCACGCCAACCGAUCCGUCACUAGCUCUGGUCGUCCGACCCAAAGCCUGCAGCGCUCCCUCAGCUACACGCCUACUUCUACCCCUCGUCGCUCCGACACCGACGCCAGUCUGAACCCUUUGUCCCUCGUUGCCUCGUUGCAGGAGCCUCCCUCAUCAGCAUCGUCUGCGAGCAAGGCUUCCACCACGCCCUCUUCCCCUGCUGUAGAGCGCCCCUUGGCGGAUGCGCUCCCUUCCAUCAUCGACAACGGUAUUGCGACCAGCAGCAGUUUACCUCAGCAGCAGCAGCAGCAGCAGCAGCAGCAGCAACUGACAGUCGACACCGAAACCGCGACCAUGACAAGAGCACGCGCUUCUACGACAGGCGAUGCACCGGCCGCCGCGUCCCCUGCACCCGAAAACCUGCCCUCGAUCCGUUUUUCGGCCUACUACGAUCCCCGCGCGACGCGUCCCAGUCUAACUUUCCCCCCUGUUUCGCGGACUUUGCCUUCGGGCGGCGAGAUCAUCAGGGUUGGGCGGUACUCCGAACGGGACAACCAGCCCAGCAUCCCCCACAACACCCCUUCGGCUGCUCCAGUGGGGUUCAAGAGCAAGGUGGUCAGUCGCCGCCACUGCGAGUUUUGGUACGAUGACGGCAAGUGGUACAUCAAGGAUGUUAAGAGUUCUUCUGGCACCUUUCUCAAUCACAUCCGCCUGAGCCCGCCCGGCACAGAGUCGAAACCUUUUCCUGUGAAUGACGGCGACAUUGUGCAGCUUGGGAUUGAUUUCAAGGGAGGCGAGGAGAUGAUCUUUCGCUGCGUCAAGAUGCGCCUGGAGCUCAACCGAGGCUGGCAGAACAAGCUCAACACCUUCAACAUGGCGACGCACAAGCGCCUGCGCAACAUGACAGCGGCGAACUCGGCGAAUUCUUCAACGCAGGAUUGCUCCAUUUGUCUCAACUCCAUCGCGCCGUGCCAGUGCCUGUUCGUGGCGCCUUGUUCGCAUACUUGGCAUUUCAAGUGCAUCCGUUCCCUCCUCAACUCUCCACAGUAUCCCAUCUUCGUCUGCCCAAACUGCCGCAUGGCUGCCGACCUCGAGGCUGAUAUCGAGGAUCCCGAAGAGGAUUGGGAGCAGAUGGACGAGGACGAAGAACCGGAGCAGAAGCAGCUGAAGCAGGAGACCGAUGCGAACGCAGCUGCUCCUGCCGAGCCUAUUCCUGCCCCUCCCCCUUUGGCAAGCUCAAGACCCCAACUGCCCGAAAUCGAACACGACGACGAUGCUAUGGACUUCACGGUUGCCCUUGACCGAGCCCAAACCAUGGCAGAAGCGCCAGAGGCUGCCCCGCGGACGGUCGCUCCCCACACGUCGAUCCCGCCUGUUCCAAUUCCCGCCGUGGCAGCCGCCCAGGCAGCCGCCUCGCGAAGCGGUCGUGAUACCCGCACCCCCUCGCCGAUUGGAAACCACUUGGUGACUGCCAACGAAGGCCCAAUCACCCCGCGUAACGAUGCCGGGCCAUGGGUGUUUGACGGAAGCGCCGGUCGUCGUGCAGCGGAGGCAUCCAGCGGAAUGAGGAGUCUCAAUGCGGCUGCCGAAAUGGAUGUCGAUCGGUAG